UGGAUCGUGAGAAUGAGCUAUUGUGACGAAUGCAAACGGAGAGCAGAAGCAUUUAAGAAAUAAAAAAACAUAUCACAUUCCAGACACAAUAGCCAGAAAAUAUGUCAGAAGUUCAAAUAAAGAAUGAGAAAGGGCAACAACUCUAUGCACGAUACUGGAAUGAAGACAGCAAUCCUACAGAUACAUACAAGGGCUUGAUUUUCAUUGUACAUGGCUACUGCGAGCAUUGUCUAGCCUACACUGAAUUAGCGAAGUCUCUUAUUGGACAGGGGUUUUACGUCUUCUCACAUGAUCAUGUUGGACACGGACAGAGCGAGGGAGAUAGGGCUCAUGUGUUGAGUUUCGAUGAUUAUGUUAACGAUAUGUUCUAUCAUAUUGACCAAGUGAAAAACAAGUUUCCGGACAAGCCAGUGUUUCUUCUUGGACAUUCCAUGGGUGGUACUAUUGCUGUUUUGGCUGCCAUGGCUCGUCCGAAAUUCUUCAGCGGUGUUGUUCUAAUUGGACCUUUAGUUACACCAGACAGGAAAGCUGCAACACCAUUUAAGAUAUUCAUGGGUAAGAUAGCUGCCAAAGUUCUCCCCCAGAUGCAUAUAGCAAAACUGAAUGCCAAGGUGGUCUCAAGAGAUGAAGAAUAUGUGAAGACAUAUGAAAGUGAUCCACUGGUCUAUCAUAAUGGUAUUAAAUGCAGAUGGGGUGUUGCGAUGUUAGAUGCACUGAAAAAGAUAGAAGAUGGUAUGUCAGGCAUUGAGUGGCCAUUUUUCGUAUUGCAUGGUAGCGCGGAUGCUCUGUGUGAAGUUGGUGGAUCGAAACUCUUGUAUGAGAAAGCUCAAAGUACAGACAAAAAGAUCAAAAUAUUUGAUGGGGCCUUCCAUCAGUUGCACCAUGAGCUGGAACCAGUGAAGAAAGAAACCUUUGAUCUCAUUUCUGAGUGGCUGAAUAGCAGAGUGUAAUGUUAUUCCAUUGGAGAACGGCUGAAAGCUGAGGAUUUUAAAGAAAUAACUGCUGAUUUGUUUAAUACAGAAUAUAAAGUAAUCUCAAUGCUGAUUGGCAGCUGAACAGUAGAGUGUCAUAUUCUUCCACCAAUGAAUGCCUGAAUUCCAGUUACAUCAUUGCUGAUUGGUUAAAUACUUCGAAGACUGGUCACAACAUUGUUGAUUGGUUGAAUACACAAGUCGUAAGUCAUCACCAUUCUGAUUGGCUAAAAACCAAGGUUUGCAUGUUUGUCAUUGGUGUUUGACUUUAUGGCUGAAUGUAAUUUUGUAUAUCUGGCAGGGUAUUUUGGUUUUAUAGUGUAAAUAGCCCAAAUUCUUAGAAAUGAAAACAGAACCACCUUAUAUUUUAGAGAUAUAUUUUUAUUUCAUUUUGUAAAGAUAAAAUCAUUGAAAAUUAUGCAAAAUACAAUGUGAUCAAAUUGUUUAUUGUAUAUAUUAAUAAGAAUUGCUCACCUGUUUAUAAUUACUAUUAUUAUACUUGUUUACAUAUAAUAUUAUACAUAUUUAAAUAUGCUUUUGCACUUCUUUAGUAAUAGGUCUGGUGCCUUUUUCGAUAGUUUGUCUGUAACUUUAUGCCAGGUUUGCCAAUAGUCUGUGUUAAAAUUUAAUUGCUCUGUAUUAUUGUUUUAAACAAACUUAUUUAGAAACUGCAUGCCUCCAGAUUUAUGCAAAUUUUUCAAAAUUUAGAAAAUGCUUCAGUAAUUACAUACGUAUUCUUUUGCUCCCCAAAAGAUGAAGCUUUUAAUUAUGUCACUGCUAUGAAGCUUCACUCUUAACAGGAAAUGGACAAAUGAGCCGUGCCGUGAGAAAACCAACAUAGUGGGUUUGCGACCAGCAUGGAUCCAGACCAGCCUGCGCAUCCGCGCAGUCUGGUCAGGCUCCAUGCUGUUCGCUUUUAAAGCCUAUUGGAAUUGGAGAAACUGUUAGCGAACAGCAUGGAUCCUGACCAGACUGCGCGGAUGCGCAGGCUGGUCUGGAUCCAUGCUGGUCGCAAACCCAUUAUGUUGGUUUUCCCAUGGCACGGGACAUAUUACCUUUAUGUUCCAUGUUGGAUGAUUUUUCACUGAAUUAUUGUCCUUUGGUUAUUCAACAUCAGUAACUAUAGCGCCAUCCUUGUCUGGAAUAUUUCUGAAUUUCUUCCACUUUUUGUGCUUUUAAAAGGCGAUAUUCAUACUUUUGGGAGCUUCCAACGGUUUUACCAUUAAUUUCUUGUUUAAAACUGAUUCUGCAUAUUUUAGAAUGUUUUUUUCUACGAAAAUACCAUUUUAGUCAACAAGAUAUGUUGAGGUCAUCAAAAGUGUAAGUCACGUAAAUGAAAUUUGACAUUUAUAGGUGGUUAGCUGUGUACCAUAUAUGAGCUGCGCCUUGAGAAAACCAACAUAAUGGGUUUGCGAUUAGCAUGGAUCCAGACCAGCCUGCACAUCCAUGCAGUCUGGUCAGGAUCCAUGGUGUUCGCUAACAGUUUUUCCAAUUCCAGUAGGCUUUUAAAGCGAACAGCAUGGAUGCACAGCUGGUCUGGAUCCAUGCUGGUCGCAAACUCACUAUGUUGGUUUUCUCAUGGCGCGGCUCAUAUAUUGAUAUACCUACUUAAAGGCUCACAAAGCCUUUGUUUAUAAUAGAGUGGUUGCCAUAUAUUUCAUUAUUAUCAUAAAAUAUUAACUUAAAAAUAUUAUAAUUUCUUAUUAAAUCAUAUUUCUGAUAAUCGUUUCAUAUUUAUCAAAAGUUUUAAUAUUGAUGAACAUAGUUGAAAGUUUUGUCGAAUCCAUUGUUGUUUUUUAUUACCUCCCUUUAUGCAUGUUACUUUACAAGGUCAUGUGCAGUAUUAAUAAAAGUGUUUUUGUAGCAAUGUAAUUUUGCAUAUCAUAUAUUUUGACAGCUGUUUCAUCCAUUUCGAACAUAAAAUUCAAAGCCGGAUGGAACUUACAAUGCAGGUUUAUUGUUUUUUUUUUUUCAUCUAGAGGCAUGUACAUGUAAUUUUAAGUGGUUGUUAUCUUGUGGGUUUUUUUUCCAUGUUUGAAGUGUUUAAAAAUAGUUCAUUUUAAUUUUUUUUUAAAUGUUUCUUUAUACAAAGGUUGUUAUUCAUUGUAACUUCAAAGAUUUUUGUUUGUAUCUUUUAUCAGUAGUUUUAGAUUGAAGCUUUUUAUUUUUGAUAUUUGUUGUAUAUGCAUUUAAAUAAUAUUUGUUAUAUGUACAGGUUUUUAAAUAUAUAUAUAUUUGUUGUAUAAACAUUAAAAUAUUAUUAUAUGCACUUAACAUUAAUACUAUAGGGACAGUUUUAGGUUAAAUAUAUUUAGGACAAGUUUCGAUGUUAAGCUCAAAACCUAUUUUUUUGCUCACAUUUUUUAAAAACUCAGGAUUUUGGCAAAGAAGACUCAUGGAUAAUUUGUUGUACUUUUGCUAGACUUAAUAGAAAAGUUUGAAAUUAUAGUUCAAAUACCUGAAGUACCUGAGAGAAAUAUUACAGACUUGAUGACAAUACAGAUGGAAUACAUGUUUUCUACAAUGCAGAUUUUAUGGAACUUCUGACAGGUCAUCUUUUGUUUCUGGUACAUACCUUUUAUUUUCUUUAAGGAUUUUCAUGAAACUUGUGUGAGAUUGUCACCUAAUCAUGGGCAUAACAUUUUCACUGUGUUUUAGUUUAAGAUGUUUCACAGAAAAUAUCUUUCCGUUAAGGACCUUCGUGACCGAGUAGUUGUUGACUUCAAAUAUUACUUGCCAGACACUGAUGUUGGUUUGAGCCUCACUCAGGGCGUUGAAUUCUUCAUGUAAGGAAGCCAUCCAGCUGGCUUAAGGAAGGUUGGUGGUUCUACCCAUGUGCCGGCCUGUGAUGAAAUAAUAAACAGAGGGUCACCUGGGGUCUUCCUCCACUAUUAAAAGCUUAUAAGUUGCCAUACAACCUAUAAUGAUGUUGGUGUGAUGUUUAACCCAACUUUAACAAAAUAUCUUUCUUUAAAACUCAGUUUUGCUCUAUGUUGUUAACAAUCUGUGUUAUUUCUCUAUGCAAAGAAGUUAUUAACAUAUCAUUUAGAAGUUUUUGAAAUUAUCAUUAUAUGUUAUCUAUCUGUACUUAGAAGUUAUUACCUAACAUACAAAAGUUAUUAAUAUUCCAGGUUUUUUUUUACAUCAUUACUUGGAAGCUUUGUCUGAAAUUGUUUGAAUUGUUUGAACUUGUUAGAUUUUAGAUACAUAUAUGAGCCGUGCCAUGAGAAAACCAACAUAGUGGGUUUGCGACCAGCAUGGAUCCAGACCUGCCUGCGCAUCCGCGCAGUCUGGUCUGGAUCCAUGCUGUUUGCUUUUAUAAUCUAUUGGAAUUGCAGAAACUGUUAACGAACAGCAUGGAUCCUGACCAGACUGCGCGGAUGCGCAGGCUGGUCUGGAUCCAUGCUGGUCGCAAAGCCACUAUGUUGAUUUUCUAAUGGCACAGCUCAUAUCAGUUUUGCUGUAUAUCAGUACAUGGAAGUUAUUAUGAUAUCAUUUAAACUAGGCCAUAUGUUAAAACAUCAUCUAACUUUGGCUUAUUUACCAUGGUUCAGAGUUUAGAUAUGUUGCAAUUGAACCACAAGGGUAUUAACCCAAGCUGUUAAAUAUGAUUGUAAGCAUGUAAGCAAAGAACCAUGGUAAAACAGACGAUAAAACACAAGAAGGCAUUGUAGAUUAGCUCAUAUUUUACCACUGUUGUUCAACUAAAUACAUCUGUUGUAAAACAACAACUCAAAUCAUGUUAGAAUAUAUAUUUAAUCAUAUCACUUAGAAGUUAUUAACAUGUCAGUUUUGUGUUCUUUUCAGUACUUUGACGUCAUUUGUGUAUAAAAAUUUAUUUUAAUCAGUUUUACAAUGUAUCAGCACAUGAAAGUUAUAUACAUAUAUUUUUCUAUAUAUUUACAUAUUUUCUAUCUGGCUCAUGUACAUAUUUCGUCAUGUUGAAAAAAAAAUACAAUUUGAUAUAAAGCAAUGUUGUAAUAAAGAUAUGAAUAUUUUUUCUGUCUGUCAGUUUUUAGAAGAUUUUGUUUAGAAGAAUGAUAGAAAAUACUGCUGUAGGUUAGAUAGGUUUUGCACAGAGUUUAAUUUAGUGAUUUUAUAUAGCUAGCAGCCUUAUUCAAGGUGCUAAGAAUCUGUGACAUGUUUAUGUUUUAGGGUAUGAUGCAGAUUGUUACUCCAAAAUAUUUUGCCCGCCUGCUUAGCUCAGUAGGUAGAGCGUUGGUCUACGGAUCACGGGGUCGUGAGUUUGAUCCUCGGGCAGGGCGUAUGUUCUCUGUGACUAUUUGAUAAAUGACAUUGUGUCUGAAAUCAUUAGUCCUCCAUCUCUGAUAAGUCAUGUGGGGAAGUUGGCAGUUACUUGCGGAGAACAGGUUUGUACUGGUACAGAAUCCAGGAACACUGGUUAGGUUAACUGCCCGCCGUUACAUGACUGAAAUACUGUUGAAAACGGCGUUAAAACCCAAAACAAACAAACCAAAAUAUUUUACAUUUGCGAGUGGCAGUGUGCCCAAUCACGUCUUGCGCUACAUCUUUUUCUUCCCGCUACAAACUUGAAAGUGAAAGUGGAAAGGUAACGUUUUAACGCUAUUCCCGUUCAAUUGACUUGCAAUGAGAGCGAACAAUGUCGAAAGUAGUUGAACAGGAAUAGCAUUAAAACGAGAAGGUUUUGGUUUGGAAAUCGUAGUACCAGGGAUGGUACUUUCAAAUAGGUUUCGAAUCAUGUGCAUGAUAUUAACACAAUAUAUUGAAUAAAAAACUUAAGCCCUGAUUUAUAAUUUUUGUUUACCUUCCCACUUUCAUUUUCGUGCUCAAAAUGACAUAGUGCGAUCAUGUGAUUGAGCACACUGAGUGGCAUUAAUUACAUAUUUUAAUAAAAGUAAACCGCUGCGAAUAUUACCCAGCGUAUAGUAUUAAAGUUAGUAGCUCUGGGACAGACCUGUACAGUAUUCCAGGAACUUGUAGGGAGGUCUGUACAACUGCUUGGGUAAUUUUUUUCUGUCAUUUUUCUCAGCAUUGCAGAAUUCAUUCCAAAUUUAUUGUAAGGAAUAUAUUUUCUUAAGACAGGUCUGUACAACUGCUUGGGUAAUUUUUUUCUGUCAUUUUUCUCAGCAUUGCAGAAUUCAUUCCAAAUUUAUUGUAAGGAAUAUAUUUUCUUAAGACAGAAAAGACAACAGAAAAAUCAAAAUUUUGAAAUAUUUACUGGUUACACAUGUUACCUUUUAAUUCAAGUUUGUAUAUUUAUAAUAAUUAAAGCAUUUUAUCAAUACAUUUACCUCAUUUUUCUUGAAAUAAAAAUUUCACAAAAGAAAAUUUGAGCUGUUCAGUUGCUCAACAUUCAUUCAUAGUGGCAUGUCAUUGAAACAUUCCCUACUUCUUGUUUGAACUGUCAAAUAUUUUUUUAAUUUGAGUAAACAUUUUCUUUUAUAAUACAAACAAAUUUGUUGAGUUUGGGGACAAUGGUGAGUGGGAAUGGAGGUCUUAGUGUUUGUCGCCCCCAUCCAACCCCCACCCCCCACAUCCCAAACCCCACCUGUCUCCACAAAGAAGAGAGUGUAUACUGUUGUGUAAAUUGGUUUGCCAUUGGUAGGCCAGCUGGUUAGUAAACAAUAUCUGGCAAAAUGUUGGACUUGAUAUGGAUAUAAUACCUUUGAGCUGCACCAUGAGAAAACCAACACAAUGCAUUUGCAACCAGCAUGGAUCCAAACCAGCCUGCGCAUCCUUGCUGUGUGGUCAGGAUCCAUGCUGUUCGGUAUCAAACCCUAUUGCAAUUAGAGAAACUGUUAGCAGACAGCAUGGAUCCUGACCAGACUGUGCAGAUGUGCAGGCUGGUCUGGAUCCAUGCUGGUUGCAAAUGCACUAUGUUGGUUUUCUCAUGGCGUGGCUCAUUUUAGGUUGAUUCUCUGCGGGUAGUAGUCUAUAGAUGAUCCAUAUUGGUUUAGGAGUUAGUGAGUCAAAGUUUAAAUUAUUUCUUUAAGAAACAGCUCUUUUAAAUAUAUUUGUAUGCCCCAGGCAUCUACUGAUGCGGAAGGCAUAUAGUGAUUGUCCUGUCCGUCCGUUGGUCCGUCAAUACGAGGUUAACCAAAUGUGACCGUUUUGUCUAGCAUCAAUACGCCUUACUAGAAUGACUUGAUACUAAUGCAGAUGUAACCUGUGACCAUUCCUCAUCUUCAAACAUCACCUGACCUCAGUUUGACCUUGACCUUGACCUCGUUUUGAACUUAGGUGCAAAAUCUAUUGACAAGGAUGCCACCGGGGGCAUCAAGCGUUUAUUGAACGCAGCUUCUUGUUUGUUCAUUUAAUGCUAUGUAAUUAAAUUUUGACUUAACUUAGGAGGGAUUUUAUACAUUUAUUUUUAAACAGAUUGAAGAAAAGUUCAAAAUAUAUGUGAAAAUUUUGUAUGCUGUCUAGAUUUAAAUGUAUUUUUGUAAUGUUUUUAUAACUUAUUAUUAAUUUUCUUGAUUUUUUACAUUUUUUUGUGAUAACAUUCUAUGAGUUGCAGUCUAUUUUAAUGAAACAAAAGUACAAGAACUAAAUCAAGGCUGAUUUAACAAAAAUCUUACCUUUUAACUUUCUUAACAGCCAGUUCGUUCAACACAGAAUUUUGACUGUAAAAAGCUAGGAAAUGAACUUACUGGUCUCCUAGGUAAAAACUUAUUGAAACUUACUUCAUUUCAUGAAAAUAACAUUUUCACAGUAAAGUUGUUUUGAACAACUGGUUGAUGUAGGUGCUAGAUGUUAAUUUUUGAUGCAGUGACACAUAUCUAAAGAUAAAUGAGCUGUGCCAUGAGAAAACCAACAUAGUGGCUUUGCGACCAGCAUGGAUCCAGACCAGCCUGCGCAUCCGCGCAGUCUGGUUAGGAUCCAUAUUGUUCGCUUUCAAAGCCUAUUGCAGUUAGAGAAACUGUUAGCGAACAGCAUAGAAUCUGACCAGACUGCGCGGAUGCGCAGGCUGGUCUGGAUCCAUGCUGGUCGCAAAGCCACUAUGUUGGUUUUCUCAUGGCACGGCACAAAUUAAUAUAGAUCUGCUCAGUAGAAUCUCUUCAUAAAUACCGGUGUGCUUGUUUGUAAUUUGUUUGAAAAAUAACUGAAUCGAGGAUGUUUUCAAGUCCUCAUAUAUACUACCUGGUUGAAAGAAAAAGUGACCUCAUUAAUGAUUUUACUGGUGAUGGCAAAAUAAUUUUGUUUCAAUUGUAUGUUCCACUUUUUAAGAAAGGUUUUAACUUUAAACCUUAAAUAUAUUUGGUACAUAUUUAUACUUUUAUACGAAUAAAGUUAUUUAUUAA